UAUGACACCUAUGUAACAUUAAUUUGGGUAAUCACAGGCAAAAACAAACUACUAGAUGAUCUCUGGAAGUCAUCACCUGCGUGUACCAGCAGAGAGAUAAAAUCCACGUUGCGACAGUAUCUAGAGAUGCUCUCUCCAAAAGGAAGAUUGGGUGAAAGGUCUCAUGACCUGUUAGUACAGCCAUAUCUGAUGCCAUUCACUCCAUCCCCUGGCAUGGAGUGUUGCUGUGUCACUGUUACCCAGAUCAAGGCAUAAUGCAGGUGAAAGGGGAGGGAUUGGUUGAACACCUGCAGGCGUGUCCUGGGGAGGGUGGAGAAGACUUUCCACUACACAGGCAGGUAGACCGAGAGAGGAAACAGCCAGCAGUAUCUGCCCAGCUCUGUGCCCAGGAGAUGCAACGACGACAAGGAAACGAAUUAGUAUAACAAUUGGGUAUAAACUAGAUCAAUAAAAGCUGGAACUAUGGAAACUGCUGAUGGGAAGUGGUCAUGGGUGGUGCUUGCUGCUGUUAUGAUGACGCAUGGGAUGACACUGGGAUUUCCUUCCUGCAUCGGAGUGUACUAUACGGACCUCCAGACCUCCUUCCAGGCCUCGAACACAGAGACUUCCUGGUUCCCAUCCAUUAUUAUGGCCGUUCUACAUGCAGGAGGUCCACUGUGCAGUGUAAUGGUGGAAAGAUUAGGAUGCAGAAUAACAGUGAUGAUUGGGGGUCUCUUGUGUGGAUUAGGAAUGGUUGCUAGUUCCUUCUCACAGACCAUAAUUCAUCUCUACUUGAGUGCUGGACUUGUGGGAGGUCUGGGGCUCUGCUUCUGUUUCCAGGCAGGUGUUACAGUACUGGGUUACUACUUCAUCAAACGCCGGACUUUGGCCAAUGCUCUGGCUUCCACAGGGGCCUCUAUUGGAAUGGCUCUAUGGCCGUUGGCUUCUCAACACCUGCUGGAGUCACUAGGAUGGAGGGGUUCCUUCCUUAUCUUUGGUGGAGUUUUGCUUAAUUGCUGUGUGUGUGGAGCCAUUAUGAGACCAGUAAGAUCACCAAACCCAAUAUCGAAGAAGGAUGCUCUUCUAAACUCACCCAAUGGUAAAUCCAAUGAAAGCGAGGAGAUGGAACGUGGUAAAGGAAUUCAGAGGUAUAUGGCUUUUGACCUUCUGCUUCGGCAUCGCCGUUACCAGAUCUUCACUAUUGGUGUCACGUGGAUGGUUCUUGGUUUUGUUUUACCACUCUUCUACUUGGUUCCUUAUGCUACCAGCAAAGGGGUGGAGGAAUCAACAGCUGCUUUACUAUUGUCCCUCAUUGGAUUUAUCAAUAUCUUUGUACGACCAAUAGCUGGCCUUAUAUCUCAGCAGAAGAUAUUCUCUGGUCGACUGAUGUACCUAUUUAGUUUCGCAGUGACUUUGAAUGGCCUCAGUAAUCUUGUAUGUGCGUCCUGGGUUUCCUUCACAGCUUUUGUAAUUUAUUGCAUUUUAUACAGUGUCUCCAUGAGCUUCAUUGGAGCGUUAGUUUUCCAAGUGCUGAUGGACACUGUUGGGAUGAAGAGGUUUCCCGGAGCAUUUGGACUUUUCACCAUUCUGGAAAGCAUCACUAUUUUGGUUGGACCACCAUUAGCAGGUUUACUGGUGGAUUAUACUGAUCAAUACGGCUUGAUUUUCUAUGCCACCUGUAUUGCUGUGACCUCAUCUGGAAUCUUCAUGGGAUUGGCCUCAUACAUAGUUAACCGAAAUGAUGCAAAAAGGAAACAGAAACAAACCACAACAGAUGCCACAUGGAAUAAUGAGACUCUAGACAUCAAACCGUCUUCUGCACACCAAGAUGUGCUUUAAAUGACUAUCCUAGGAAUCAAUAUUAUUCAACUCUACACUUGCGGACCUUUUCUGGGCAUUAUCAAGGCUAUACUUCCUUAUCCUUUAAGGAUUUGUGGAAGUACAAUUUAUUCCCAUCUCUGCUUGAAAAAAAACAAAAACAACACAGCUCAGUGGGUGAUGUAUGUGAUUAGAAGGGAGAAUUCUCUCUGGAUGUUAACAUCAGUUUCUUUGUGAGGAUGAGAGAUCUCUGCAGAAUUAAAAAUACAACACCAAGGUGGUGCGCCGUGCGAGAUUCCUAUGGGCAAACCUUUGUAAAUGAGUGUAUCUGUGACAGGAAAAAAUGAUGCACGCCAGCUCUUCCUGAGCUGUCGAGGAAGGGCUACCAGGUUUAUGUCUUUCUUAAUAGAUGUCUGAAGGAGAACACCAUCUCAACUUAAAAAGAAAAAGAAAAAAAGGUCCAAAAGUUAGAAUAUAUUGUAGUUAAUUUAUUCAAAAUAAAAUAUUUGAAGACACAGUACAGUCCAUUGAGAAGUAAGGCAUGUAUACAUUACAAACUAAAUUAUUAGUAAUAUAUAUAUAUAUCACACCUUAGAAAAUUGUGCCUAAAUGUAUGUUCCAUUACCCUCUUUAAAAAGGGUGAACUCCCUAGACGAAAGACUCUUGGGACUUCAGGGAUACCCAGGACAUCCAAACUCAUUAAUGCAUUUCUUACAAUAGUAGUGAUGAUGACAACUACUUGUUACAUUUCAAACAGUUGUUGAUCUGUUUAUUGAUAGCUUUUUUUUUUUUUUUUUUUUUAACUCUGACAGAAUAAAUAUUAAUACUUUGAGAGAGCCAUCCAUAGUUUUCAGGAAGAAAGGUAAAAUGUGUUCAAUGUUUAACACUUUCUUUUCAUAUCUCAGGGAACUGUUGAAGGAAACUACCUCUCUGGUCAUUUGCACAAAAUGGACUUAGCUUUUUUUAAGAUAGGAACUCUUAUAUGAAAUAUCACACUUAGGUCUUGCUAUGCAAUAUUUAUUAUAGUAUAUUAAUGUGCCUUUUUUUUUCCUGACAGUGCAAAUAUAUAUUCUAUUCGCUGCACAGAACUGCAAUAAUUUUCAUUUGCAGGUUUUACUCAGAGAAGCAUUAAGAACCCACGUCUAGGCGACCAUUUUGGGGCCUCCCUCUUUUUUUAAACAUAGCGGUGGUUAAUGGGGCCAAGCAAAUUCAUGAUUUUGGAGCCCCUGUCUAAUCCCUGGGACCUAGUCGGACACUUAGGGUUUCCUUAUGGUUAAUCCUGCUCAGGUUAAAUGAAAUUAUGAGGACAGACCAAAUAUCCUCUAGAAUGUAAGCUCAUUGAGCAGGGCCCUCCACCUCUCUGCUCCUGUACGUCCAGUUGUCUGGUUCCAAUUACAUGUCUGUUAGUCCACCCAUUGUACAGCGCUACGGAAUUUGAUGGCGCUAUAUAAAAAAUUAAAUAAUAAAAAUAAUAACUAGAGAGAACACAGACUUUUCAAUAGAGCAAGGAAAUGCGUGAAGAGGGAGCUAAAUUGAAAUGAGCUGAACUAUAUAAAGGUAAAAUAAAAAGAUAAAUUAAAAAAGAAUUAUAUCAGCAGAGGAGGAAAAAUAGACUGAUUGCACGACCGUUCGCUCAGAGCAACUUGGGGCAAUAAUGCCGCCAACACAAGGGCUUGUUGCGGAGGUUCCCACUUCCCCCAUCACCCCUCAUUAAAGAAUCAAUAGUAUUUGCGAAGUAAGAGGAUUGAGAAACUGUCACUUUUAGAAGAACUGCCAGUUCCUUUUUUACGAACAAUUGAGAAUUUAUUAUGAAAUAAUGGAA